AUGGCUAAGUAUUCAAAGAAUGUGCUUGUUUUCUGCAUUGGAAUGCUUCUUGUAAGCUUGUGGUGCAUGAAAGUGAAUGCUCAUGAAGAUGCACCUGGAAAAGGACACGAAGAUGACAUUGUUAAGCCCUUGAAGAAAGUGAAUGGUGACCAAGGAAUAUUUGGACCUGGAAAAUCGUUACAUGAAAAGGAAGAUGCAUCUGGAAAAGGACAUGAAGAUGACAUUGUUCAGCCCUUGAAGAAAGUGAAUGGUGACCAAGCAAUAUUUGGACCUGAAAAAUCGUUACAUGAAAAGGAAGAUGUAUCUGGAAAAAGACAUGAGGAUGACAUUGUUCAGCCCUUGAAGAAAGUGAAUGGUGACCAAGGAAUAUCUGGACCUAGAAAAUCAUUACAUGGAAAGGAAGAUGCAUCUGAAAAAGGACACGAAGAUGAUAUUGUUCAGCCCUUGAAGAAAGUAAAUGGUGACCAAGGAAUAUUUGAACCUGAAAAAUCGUUACAUGAAAAGGAAGAUGCAUCUGGAAAAAGACAUGAGGAUGACAUUGUUCAGCCCUUGAAGAAAAUGAAUGGUGACCAAGGAAUAUCUGGACCUGGAAAAUCAUUACAUGGAAAGGAAGAUGCAUCUGAAAAAGGACACGAAGAUGACAUUGUUCAGCCCUUGAAGAAAACAGGUGGAGGUGGUAAUAAAGGAGAGAAACAUGAAAAUCCUUUUAGAAGAUGGUUUGGUGAUAACUAA